AUGUUUGAACAGUUUCCAUUUUGUUUGUGGUGCCUGUCAAUCCCUCAGGUGCCCAGUGCCUUCUUCGUUGCCGAUUGCUUUUUGCAGCUGCACCGAUACUACCUGAACGGCAAACUGUUUCGCCCAGACCGGGCUCAGCGCGAGACCGUUUUGGCCCUUGCUGGUGACGAGGGGUCGAAAGCGAAAAGGCAUGUCCAAGAGUUGAAAGACUUUCUGAUUUCCAGUCCAAUUCAAGAAGCCAACGCGCGAGCCCGCGCGGAGGAGAGUGAGGCUGAGAAUGAAGAUGCAGGUGAACCAGCUCCAGCUGAUGACCCGCAGGAUGAAGCUUCGUCGAAUGAAGAUGCAGGUGAACCAGCUCCAGCAGAUGACCCGCAGGAUGAAGCUUCGUCGAAUGAAGAUGCAGGUGAACCAGCUCCAGCAGAUGACCCGCAGGAUGAAGCUUUGUCAUCUUCGUCUGAGGUUGAGCAGGCCGACAAUGACAUGGAGAUCGACAACGGUGGGUCUCAAGGUGAUAGCGUUGAUGCGUCAAGCUUGUAUGCCCAGACGCUCCUGUUGGGGGGGGAAAGUGUUUCUUCUGAAGGCAAUGGUAGUGACCAUGCUGUGGCUGAGGAUGAGAAUGAGGAGUUUGUGUGUUCCCAAGUCAGACCCGAGGGUUGGCUGGGUGGCUUCUAUACCAAGUGGAAGACAGCAUAUGGCCUCAAGGAGUCCGAUCUCAAAGCCAUGGACGACGUUGUCAGGGCAUUAGCUUUGGGGUUGUCCGACAUCUACAGUGACCUGCUAGCUCAAGACGAAACCCUCACAGAGCAUCCGAUGCUUGGGGACUACUUGACCCAUUGCCGAAAUUCCUUGUUGCUCUAUGGUGAUGCGGAUGCAGACCUUAAGGCAGCAGAGGAUCCACAGGGCUCCAAUGGCUUUGCAGACGCUUUGCGCCUGAUGAACAUGGAUGCAGAAGCUGCGAAUGAUGAUGAUUCAGUUCAAAUCACCCCGGCAUGCAAGAAGCCCCGAUUAGCUGAUGAAGUCAGCUUGAAACUGGACAUUACUCCUCCGCCUGUCCCAGGAAGACAAACGGCAAUCGAGGUGCUUUGCAAGCAGCAGGCGUACUACAUCAAAAAGUCCAUCCCGGGCACGCCUAAGCCCAGCAGCUACCAGGUGAGUUGGAGCAAGCAUGGUGGAGCGGUUGAGGUACACACAGGGGCUUUGACGAACGCUCGUGCAGGACACGCCGAAGCUGUGAAGAAGAGGCUGCAAAAAAUCCAGACUGACUUACCUUUCAACAAGGCCCCGAAGAACCGCCGACCCAAGACCAUGAAGCAGAAGCAGCAGGUUGUGAUGACUCUGGUGAAGCUGCUAUUCAUGAAUCCAUCCUUGGAUUGGAAUCGACCAGGUGAUCAUGUCGAAUUGUUUGCUGGAACCAUGUCAGUGACGCGUGGUGAGUGGCAGGAGUAUGGGAAGCACUGGUCGAACAUUGCUAUCACCGAUGGGGGAUCGUUCACGACCUUCAGUGAGGUUUCAGAGUGGCGACAUGGUGCGCCAUUACGUGGAUGGCAGUGGGCGCUCUCGGGACCCCAUGAUAUGAAGCGGAUCACCCUCAAGCGGCCUUUGCAAGGCUUUGGCAACACCGGCUUGAUUGCAACCUUUUAUCCCAUGGGGAAAGAUGCAAAGGCUGAAUCAGCACCAGCCAAGCGCAUCAAAGGGAAGUCUACGCCAAAUGAAGUUGCUGCUGAGCCAAAGCGGCCCCCAGCUUUGAGAAAGACAUCAACGUCUGCACCCUCCAAGGUCAAGAAGACGAUCCAGAAGGAAAAAGGAGAAAAGGUUUCGAAAGACAAGGUUGCCCACAAGGAGAAGUCCAAGGAAAAGUCCAAGGAGAAGUCCAAGGAGAAGUCCAAGGAGAAGUCCAAGGAAAAGUCCAAGAAGACUCAGAAGCUUCAAGCGGCAGCCAAGCCAACAAAGAUGAAAAGCAAAGUUGAGGAGGAGCUUAAAAGAGCCGCCGCCGCCGCAGCGGAGGCUGUUGCGAGGAAACGUCAGAAGGAAGAGAAGGAACAAAAGAAGAGCAAGGAGGAGAAAACCAAGAAGGAAGGAGGCAAGAAGACAUUGAAGAAGGAGAAAGAAGAGACUACAAAGGCAGAGAAGAAGAAAGAAGACCCACCUGUGAAGUUCUUUCCUGUGCAGAAGAAAGGCGAAGCCGCAGAGAUCUUCAAGACACCACCGGCAAAGGUUUCAAAGACUUCGCCAUCACCUCCAGCGUCUGUGACUACCAGCAGCACGACAACCAACAAGGCGAAGGAUCUCACAUCCAUGCUUGAGGAGUCAUGUGACAAUGAGGAGGACGAUGAGACAAGUUCAGAGGUAGAAGGUGAUGAAGAUGCUGAGGAGCAGGAAAGCCAAGGAGGUGAAGAGAGCGGAGAUGAAAGUGAUGAUGACGAAGAAGUCGAAGAAAGCCAAGAUUCCUCAUCGGAGAGGGAGGCAGAAGAAGAAGAAGACGACAAUGACGAUGACGAGAAGUCAGAAGCAUCAGAAGAUGAGGCAAUGGAUGAGGAGGAUGAGGUGAAAAGUGAGGAGCAGAAGGACCAGAAGAGCGCAGAUGUGUCCCAGGAGAAAGAUGAGAAGAAGCCCGAGGCUGACCAGUUGGCCCUGGUGGUGGCGCAGACCCAGGCCAAAUUGGGGGAGGAAAAGGCUGCUCAAGUGAUUAAGUCUCGAACGGAGGUGACCGCCGCUCCCAAGAAGCGACCCGAGCCUGAGACCGAAGAUACCUCGAAGCCUGUGGAGCCACUCACCUACAAGGAGAAGGCGCUGUCAAGCAUGGAUGAGCUGCUCAAUGCAGCUGCAGUCUCCAGGACCAGAUCUAUUACCUUGAAAGGUUUGGAUUUUGCAGAACAGCUUGCAGCUACCAUGCUUGACUUCGCCAACGCGACUGAGAAUCUUUACUCAGACAUCCAAACUACCAUCAAGAAGGACAACGCGACGGAGAAGGAGUUCAAGGUGUUAUGUCGCAAGAUCGAGGAGAAAUCCAUCACGGGAAAGAAGUUGAAGGCAGCAGCCGACGCAUUCCUGUCGGCGAACAAUAAGAAAGGAAAGACCAGGAAACGGCAGCAUUUUGAAACCUACGAAGAUUCCAAAACCGUGGACCAUUUGGUCGAUAUGAUUGGGAAGGGGCAGAUUUCGGUCUCUGGUGCCAUUGCCCUUUCUGGUAGCAUGGUUGAUGGCACGAAACCGAAGCCUACUACAAUCAGGGUCUUGCUCCCACAUGAGAUCUUGGAAUCUCUGGCUGACCACCCUGGUGUCUUUAGUAGUUUGAUGCUUGGGAAUACCGAUUCUGGUUCGCGAUUGAAGUUUUGGAACCACGUUCGAAGACUAAAACCGUGGGCGUCGCAUCCUGCUUUAGAUGAAAACAACGGUGUGCCCCUGCAAGAUCUUAUUCCUUUGACACUUCAUGGGGACGGCGCAGAGAUGUACACAGAUGAUGAAGUGUUUGUCUGGAGCAUUGCAAGUGCUUUUGGUGGGACUGGAAUGAUAACUGAUGUUCUUCUGUACAAGUUCCCAUUCGCAUUAAUACCUGAGCGCUUCAUGCGCAGUGAUGCAGUGAGGGCAGAAGUCAACAGGACCCUGGCCCAGCUUGCCGCCUGGUCCAUUGGCAUAGCGACGUCUGGAAUUGCACCUACGGCAGGAUUCAAAGGUGAGCCCUUUGCUAAGGCCGAUCUGAAGGCCCGAAAAGCCAUGCACAAUUUUGAACGUGCCUACAAUUGCGAUUUGAUGUGUGACAGUUGCCUUGCACAACAAGGGGCAAAUUGCGACGAGUUCAUGAACUACAAGAACUUCUUCGAACGGGGCUGGGAAUAUACAACCAUCAGCCAUGAGGCAUACGUCGCCCUGGACACCAAAAUUUCUGACUGGGCUUGCAUACCAGGAUGGCGGGUGGAAACAGUCAUGUAUGAUUUCAUGCACAACGUGUACCUGGGUACUGCCUGUGACCUCGUUGCAAGUGCUGUGCGCUGCUUGCUCUCCGCUGAUUGGUUUGAAAGUUUGGAUGCUGUUCAGAAUGACCGCAUCAUGCAGGUGCUCGCCACGUGCUCCUAUGGUUUGCAGCGCUGCACUGAAAUUUUGGAUGGCAGCGGGCUGAUUCUCAGUAAACCUGACGCCUUGAAGGCAUCAGAGUUGUUGGUUUUGCAUUGCAAGACUUAUGCCUGGUUGGGAGCCUGCUUUUACUCCAGCCAUAUCAUGUUGUUUAAGCUGCGCCCCAAGCACCAUUAUGUGUAUCACCAAGCCAUGCAAAUUAAAUACCAGCAGUUGAACGUAUGGGCGUUCACUACUUUUGCAGAGGAAAGCUUCCUUGGCAAGUGCAAAACUAUUUUUUGCGCAUGCCAUGGAGCGACUGUCAACAAGAGGUUUUAUGAAAGAUACCUCCUUUGCCUUGCAAUGAUGGUUCGAAGGCAAUCCAAGUUAGAAAGUGGCUUGUAG